AGUUGGUGUGGUUGCCUGGGAGGUGGAGCAGAAGCAGAUGCAGAUUAUCAUGAAAUGAUCAGACAUGCCAUCAUCAGUUACAUUUACUGCAGACUGUUUGGAUGUGAGGGACAAAACAGCAACUUGACAGAAGGAACUGGUCCAGGUCACCGAGGGCUCGGAGCUGUCAGAGGUUCAUCUCUGAAGAAUGGGAGAUUUACACAAGUACAACACUUCACACAACUACAGCUCUCAUCUCAGCAACAUCAGCUACGCCUACUACAAUUAUAUUAAUGACCUUUUGUCCAUCUUAAAUGUGGUGACAUCCAUUGUUCUUGUCAUCGGCCUUCCUUUGACCCUGGUGGCCAUCUGUGCUCUUUUUUCUCAGGUGAGAAAUGAUAACGUCGCUCCCAUCUACGUCAUCAACCUCCUCAUCUCUGACCUCAUCCAGUUCUGCUGCAUGAUUGCUGAGAUGGUGCAACCUGAGGACCGUGUCGUCUUGUUUAUCUAUGGCUAUAGUGUGUUCGCCAGUGUUGGCUUCAUGGUGUGUAUCGCCAUGGAAAGGUAUUUGGUCAUCGUCUUCCCACUGUGGUACCGCUUCAGACGAACCAUCAAGACCUCUGUGCUGGUCUGCGUCGUGGUCUGGGUCCUUCCUCUCGCCUGUUUCCUCCCUACACGUAUAUCCACUUCGGUUGCAGGCGUCAUAAUCCUACCCAUCUUUUUAUUUCUUCCCCUCCCACUGCUCAUAUUCUUCAUGGGUGGGACCCUCAGAGCUCUGUCUGCCUCCAUCUCGGUCCGCUCUGAUGAAAAACGACGAAUUGCAGGAAUGUUGGUCCUGGUGCUGCUGAUUUACAUCCUGCUGUUCCUGCCCUUCAUCAUUUUGAUGGUGGCAGGUGAACUGGUUAAUGUCACUCUUGUCUUCCUGUCUCUUGUGUUAAUCAGGUUGUGUCCUCUUGUAGAUUUAGUUCUGUAUGUUUUCAUGAGGAAAGGGACCACACACAGUCUCCUGGCCUCCGUGAGGUGUUGCAGAAUGGACAGCAAUGAAAUCAGAAGUCCAGCAGUAGCAGUGGUGAUGACGUGUCCAGACUCAGCUUCACGUAGCCAGAGACAGACAGGGACAGGGACAGAGACAGAGACAGAGACAGAGACAGGGACAGAGACAGGGACAUGCAGGCAGAAAGGACAGGUUCUGUCUGAUAAGGUUUCCAGUGAGACACCUGACUGUAGAUACGAGGACGCCUCGUCCUGACUCUGCUGUGGGAGUUCUGCUCGCUGGUUUGUUAACCUUGCUGUGGUUCACUGUGACGCCUUCAACAACUGGAAGUCUGUUCUUUAUUAGUCUGUGAGCUGAUGUCUGUCAUUAUUAUCCUUUCAUCACAGAAACAAAACAGAUUAUUUUUGAUUCACUGAGCUCUUUGAAGACGCCACGCCGUCUUUUUCCUAAACCUUUACUUAGACUUUUUUUGUAGAUGUAGUGAACAUGUCAACAAGUCUGCAGGAUGUUUUACUGUUUUGGUCUUACACACAUUUUAAUUACUGUAAAACAUCAGUUUAUAGACCGGGCUGUUAUUUGCUUCAAUCACUGAACUCAACAGGCCUGUAUUAGAGACAGGCCUUUAAUUCCUCUCACACAAACUGUUGCUCAGCAAAUAUCAGGAAAUAUCAAACUGUUUAUUUAAACCAGUCUGAAUAUUACUGUUUAAAAAUGAACCUUCAGAUAACAUAUUAAUUAUGAAUCAUUCAUUUGAUCUAACUCUGACAGACAGACAGAGUUACAGUCCCUGACACAGCGACACAUCACCACUUUAUCCUGUUAAAACAAUCCUCACAGCUUGGAUUCAUUUUUAUGUAAAACUCGUUUGACUCUUUUGAUCCAUGGACCCUGACAGACUGAAGGAAGAUGAAUAAUUUACAGCGUAAUCCAGGAACAGACACAUAAUCUGAGGCAGACAACAACCUGCUUUAUACAUCUGAAGAACUACCAUAAAAAUAAUGAGCUGUUUGGAUCCAGACCAGCCUCUAAUAGAGACAGGCCUUUGUUUGUCAUAUGUGGAGCCACACCGGGCUGGUUAAAGGGGCCGGGUGUUUAAUUGGGACGAGGCUUUUAAUUCAAGUUUAAGGUUGUUUAUUUUCUUCAGUUAUAACUUGUGUAUGUCCAAAAUUGUGUUUUGAUUUUGUACAGAUCAUAAACUAUGAUUUUGUUUGUUUUCUUUAUUUAAUGUAAGUUUUAUUUUGGGUGUUUUAGUGAGAGGCCUGUUUGUUUUUAGGAUGUGAUUCAGAGCAGAUACUUUGCAGCUGUUGAGUGAUUUGCAAUAUGGAUAAAAUAUUAUAUCACAGUUUAUGUAAUGUUUGCAAUUGUAUAUUUUCUGAAAAUUCAAUUAAAAAUCUGU